GAGUGUUUGGGGUGGUUGUUAUGCAGGCGCGUUGUGUUGUGCUAAGAUGAACAGACUGGAAGAUUACAAUGGGACUAGGGUCCAGGGUCGACGGGGCGCUAGUGACGAUCCUCCCGCUCGAGUAGACUUAGCACCUUCCCAGACGGAUAUGUGGGAUGCUGGGCAGAGGGCAAGGACACAGCUCGUUUUCUGCUCUCUCUCUCUCUCUCUUCUCCUACAUGACGGGCGACUGAGACGUCAACAUGGCUCUUCUGUCCUCGAUACUGGCGCUCCGGCAGGAUAAACGUCUACUCAAGCUACCGCCCUACCUUUCCGCGCUCUGCAUAAUCAUUGGCAUAGGAUGGCUCCUGGUACUCCCCUUGAACGAAUACUCGCGGAGAACAUAUGUCUCUGAGAAUGCGCUCCUCCCGGGACAAGUACAUACCUACUUUACCGGCAGCGAGCACAAUGUUUUUCGAGCCUAUCGCCAUGAGGUCCAUGGAUUGAUAGAUAAGCCCGUCGCAGAGCGCUCACAGCGACUCGAAGCCAUCUUCCGUGAACAGAACCUCAAAGUCGCAACCCAGCACUACAACUACACCGUCUCGAACCGGACCAUCGCGAACGAAAACGUCUAUGCUAUCCUCCAGGGUCCCCGCGCAGACGCAACCGAAGCCAUUGUUUUGAUCGGAGCAUGGAAGAACAUGGCAGACGAGGUCAACAACUCUGGCGUCGCAUUGGUUCUCACAUUGGCGCGCUACUUCAAGCGCUGGAGUCUUUGGAGUAAGGAUAUCAUCCUGCUCAUUCCUGGGGAUAGCACUAUCGGCUCGCAGGCCUGGGUUGAUGCCUACCACGAGGGACACGAUACACGUUACGUUGAGAGCCUGAAGAUCAAGAGUGGGGCAUUGCAAGGCGCUGUCGCUGUAGACUAUCCCGCUGGUCCUUGGGGUCAUCGAUACGACAAGCUGCAUGUCGUAUACGAUGGCACAAACGGCCAACUUCCCAACCUGGAUCUGUUCAACACUGCAGUGCAGAUUGCUUCCGGUCAGAUGGGCAUCGGCUGUGUGAUCCAGCGCAUGUGGGAUCACAAGGACUCCUACAAGGAGCGGCUUCAGACCAUGCUUCGAGGUAUGCUCUCGCAAGGCAUUGGUCAUGCAACUGGGCCUCAUUCGUCCUUUAUUCCAUACCACGUCGACGCCGUUACCUUGGUGACAGUUGGGGACGGCUGGCAUGACGAAAUGUCACUUGGGAAAACCGUCGAAUCACUCUUUCGAAGCUUGAACAACCUCCUCGAACAUCUGCACCAGAGUUUCUUCUUCUACCUUUUGCUACAAGAUAAGCGCUUCGUCAGCAUUGGCACAUAUCUCCCCUCGGCAAUGCUGAUCGCCAUCAACUUCAGCAUCGCGGCAAUGGCAUUGUGGGUGAGGAGCGGACGUACCACAGAGCCUGUCAGCAAUCCCGCUGCCACAAAACCCAAAAAGGCGUCGACCGAGAAGUCCUCUUCGGCAGACACCAAGACAGCCGAGAAUGAUACUGCCAAAGACGAGCUCAAGAGGAAGGACACUGACUCUAAGGUCAAGCAACCAGAAAAGAAAGAAGAAUCUGCAUCUAAACAACCAGCCACCGAGCUCGUCGAACAAGACGGCUCCCUGGCUGUUGUCCCCAAAGCCAGCACGACGAUAACAGAACGUCAUCUCCUCCUUCCCCUUGUUCUCGUCCUCACAGCCCAUGCUUCCGGCCUGAUCCCCCUAUACCUGUUCAACAACUGGGACGCCGACCACCUCCCCAACCUUUUCCUCACAGCCAGCAAUCUAACCACGCUCGCUCCACUCAUCAUAACCUUUCUCUUUUGGUGGUCUGCCCCCGAUGUGCUGACACCGCAAGCCCUUUGUCUGCUCCAGUGUUUCUCCCUGCUACUGCUAGGCAUGUUCCUUGCGGCCCUAGCAACGCUGAACUUUAGUUUGAGUGUCUUGGUCGGGGUGCUGUGCGUGCCAUUGAGCUUUGUACGCAGGAGUAACAAUCGUGGGAUUACUGGAGUGCAAUUGCUGAUGCUGGCCAUGCUGAACCCUGUUCUGGUUAUACAAACUAUAACGAAGCUGCUAGGAGCCAACCUAACGGAUGUUCUUGUUCAGAGCGCGAUCGGGUGGCAUGUUUGGGGUAUGUGGACGCAGGUUGUUGUCUGGUUGGUUUGGUUCCCUGCAUGGCUUGCGGGAGCCGUGGUGGUUUCGACUGGAUUUUGGGAAUAGAAGUGGACUACAUGGUAAAUAAUACACAAGUCAUCGAGUGCAAUGGAGUCAUAAGUCUUUUCAUUCGUUGGCCGUCCAUGGCCACUACCUAUGAUUACAUUCAACCACGCGUCUUGCUUAUAGCUGAUGCAUGCCACCUAUUGGAAGUGGAGACGACGUGCUCUAAAGGGCGUAUACCGGUGACCUGCUGCGAGAUGAUACUCAUUCAAGCAGCCCAGACGUCCUUACCUACACCCUCGAUCCAGUUACCCAGCUGGUUAACACUGGCGUCCCACUCCUUCAACCUUGUCCUCAUGCCCUCAAUCUGCUUCAUGUCCAGAACCUUGGGCUGCACCCAG